AUGCCCCGACAAGGAAUCGACACGGCGGAAAAACUCCGACCCUAUGUGGAAGAGUUCGGCCCUGAUGUCUUUAGCACGAACGGGGAAAGUCUCAUGUGCGACGUCUGUCGCAAAUCUGUGAAGGCUACGGAAAAGUACUUCCUGCAACAACACGUGCGAGGUUCCAGACACUUGGCUCGUCUGAAUUCCAGGAACCUUUCUCCGCGAGAAAAUCCCUUCAAUAUGGAUGUGGGUCGAAUGUUGGUGGAAUCGAAUAUUCCUCCAUACAAACUUCAGCAUCCUUCUUUCCGGGGCUUCAUGGAGAAGUACUGCGGAAAAGUGCUGCCAGACCACACCACGUUGAGGAAGACGUAUCUAAAGAAAGUUUACGAUGAAACCUUACUGAAAAUCCGAGCUUCCGUGGGAGAACACCGCAUCUGGGUUUCGAUCGACGAAACCACAGACGUCAAAGGUCGCUUCGUCGUAAACACAGUCGUCGGUUGUCUCUCUGCGCAGCACCAAUCAAGAGCUUUCCUUACGGAAUUCGUGGAGAGGACGAAUCAUUCUACCGUUGCUCAAGCCCUCGUCAACUCUCUGAACCUGCUCUGGCCUGAGGGGCUCCGCAAUGACAAAGUGCUUCUGCUAGUCACUUAUGCGGCGGCGUACAUGAAGAAAGCGGGCGAUGCGUUGAAGGUCCUUUUCCCGAAGAUGACCCACGUGACUUGCGUUAUCCAUGCAAUGCACCGGGUCUGUGAGGAGAUUCGCGUACUUUUCCCGGCAGUCGAUAAUUUGAUCGCGAAUGUCAAGAAAAAUUUUUUGAAAGCUCCUUUUCGCGUUCAAAACUUUCGACUUCUAAUGAAUAUCGGUCUCCCUCCACAACCGGUCCUCACUCGCUGGGGCACGUGGUUGGCAGCAGCUCUGUACUACGCAGAGAACUUCGAGGCUGUCCGAAGUGUGGUGUCGAUGCUAGAAGGCGCGGAAGCUGCAUCCAUAAGAAGAAGCCAGGAGAUCAUGGACGACUCCACGCUGAGCUCCGACCUGGCUUUCAUUGGGAGCAAUUUCGCACAGUUCCCGAAUUUCAUGACAAAACUGGAGUGCAGCUCGCUCCCCCUAAGCAGUUCGCUCAAUAUUCUGGAGGAAUUCAGAGUGUGCUUGCCAGUGGCGUGCAAGUCCAUGGUGCCGCCCGGGGCGACGAUCGAAUUUGCCGCCCCCUCCAAUUCGUGCUUGCGCUCUUCAGGGGGUCAGGCUAACACUUCUGCGUUGGAAGUUUUCAAGAAUCGAGUUUAA